AUGAUUAAUAAUUUUCAACCUGAAUUUUCAUUUUGUUCUUGGUAUAACCAAUUUAAAAAAUGCUCAUUAGUAGCUACUGUUAUACCAAUUUCUGAUGAUGUUUUGAAAUACUUACAGUACGAUCCAUUUGUAUUACCUUUGGAAGCUAUAAUACAUAGCUCGUCCGAUAAUGAAUGGAAUGAUUCUUCUUUACAAAAUGAUGAGGAUUCAGAGUAUCUGCCAUCGUUUCCAAAAUUUAGCAAAAGCAUACAAGAUGUAAUUGAUGAAUAUGGGUCUGUAUUUAUUAAAAGUAACUGGAGCUCACCUUUAGAUGCAACAUGGAUGGCACCAACAAAGAGUCUACAGUGUAAGACUUUAGAAGAAGUAUAUUUACUUUUGAAGAGUUCAGACAGAAUAGCGAAUAAUUUAAGCAUUCUUAAACGUUGGUCAGAUAGAGAAGAUUAUCCUAAACCAUGCUUGGUAUUGAAACAAUGGCGGGAUAUAAAUCCUUGCGCAGAAUAUCGAUGUUUCGUCAUAGAUGAUGAACUUGUUGGAAUUAGCCAGAGAAAUUUGUCGCAAUAUUAUACCUAUAAUGAGUCAGAAAAGUACAAUAUAAAAGCUGAUAUUGUAAAGUUAUUCACAGAACAAAUUAAAGGAAAAUUUUCAUUGAUUAGCUAUUCAUUUGAUGUAAUACGCAAUGAGAGUAAGAAUAUAAAAAUAAUAGAUUUUGGCCCCGUUAAUAAAUCUACUACAGAAGGAACUCUUUUCACUUAUGAAGAAUUACAAAAUUAUAUUAGCGAUACACCUGAAUUUAGAUUCAUUGCUCAAAAUAUUGGUAUUCAACCGACACACACAAAACAUUUCUGUGCUCCGCAAGAAAUUAAUGAAUAUUUUCAAACAUUUAAUGAUGAGUUCAAUUUAACAAGUGCUAUUCAGAAGGAAAUAGAAAAACAAAAUCAAGAACAAGAACAAGAUGAAAUGAUAGACAGUUAAAAAAGUACUUAAAUAUGUAUAAAAUUGUACUAAAAUAACUAUUUACCUUGUUUAUAAAACAUUAUAUACUUUUGUAUUACUAAUAACUUCAUGAUCAUUCACCUGUUGGAACUUAUUAAAAAAGCUUUCUUUUUUUAUGUAAGACAAACUUUUAUAA